AUGGACUCCGUUAAAGAUAAAGUCUACGCCGUCACAGGACUCGGUGGCAUAGGUCUUGCGGUCGCAAAGCAGCUCUAUGCCCUGGGUGCAUACCUUUCUCUAGCAGACAUCUCCGAGAAAACGCUAGAAACCGCAGUGCACGCCCUGAGCGCCUCGAACUUCGACUCGACAAGGGUUAUGACGACAGUCCUCGAUAUAACCUCAGCGAAAGCCGUGAAAGACUGGAUUUAUGCAACAGUGGAACGCUUUGAACGCCUCGACGGCGCAGCCAAUAUGGCUGGUGCUAUCGGGAAAAACCACGGUGUAGGCCGGUUCGUCGACAUGGAAGAUGACGAGUGGGAUAUGUUGGUGCGGGUGAAUCUUUCAGGGAUGAUGUAUUGUCUGCGAACGGAACUGCUUGCGAUCAUGGCAACGGCACCUGAUGGGAAGGGGAGUAUUGUUAAUGCGUCAAGUAUUCAGGGUGUGAGGGGGUUUCCGUUGCAUGCAGCGUAUUCGACUACAAAGCAUGGGGUUGUGGGCAUGACGAGGUCUGUUGCCAGGGAGGUAGGACCUGCUAUUCGCGUUAAUGCUGUUGCUCCUGGGUCUAUUCAAACACCUCUUCUGGAUCAGGCUGCUGUUAUUCAAGGAGCUGCGACCGUUCCGCCUAGUGUCAUUCCUCGCGUUGGAACUCCCGAGGAGGUGGCGCAGACAGUGGUGUUUUUGUUGAGUGACGCCGCGUCAUAUACGACAGGGCAGGUAUAUAAUGUUGAUGGAGGCUGGGACCCAUGA